AGUUUUAAAUGAGUUUAUAAUACUUGUGUGUGAAAUAUUAUUAUUUCACAAAUUUAUUUUUUAUACCCCAAAUCUGGUCGUUAGUGUUAUAGUUUUAAAACAUAUAAAGUCAAACAUCUAGUAUGUUUACUAAAAGAUUGUUCCCUGUUUUUACUGUUUCUUCUGCAGUUUUACUAAAAAGUACUCCAAAGUUAAAUGCUCAUGUAACUGUCGAUUUAAUUAAAUCUGCUCCCAACUUAGAUCUUGUAAGAUAUGCAGCUAGAAAAGGAACUCGUGCAGCAGCUUUGGCCAAGAAAAAGGUAAGAAAACUUCAGGAGGCAAAUAAACCUCCUCCUGUUCCAAAAUAUCUUCAAAAAAAAGUGAAGGUUUCACGGGAGUUUGAAAGGAAAAGAUGCACGGAUGAGAACUGGCUUGAAAGUCAGCCUGUUGAUAACGUUUGGAAUAUGAGACUGUAUCGUGGUAAACCAUACUCUCUUGCCGAGGCUAUAAGAAUGCAUAGAGAAACACAUGAACCUGAAAUGUUAAACAACCCAUCUGCUUUUAUUUAUGCAAAUAUUGAAUUGGAUUUGAAACUAAAAAAGCAGAAUCGUUUUAUGGAUGAUUUUAAUGGUAUUAUUACAUUUCCGAAUGAAUUUGAAACACCGAAAAAAAAUAGAAUCAUUGCAAUUUGUAAGGAACCUGAAGACCAAGCUAAAGCCUCAGACGCAGGUGCUGUUUAUACAGGAUCCGGUGCACUGAUUAAACAGAUUCUUUCUGGUGCUAUAUCUAAGGAAGAUUUUGAUUAUGUUGUGUGCCAUCCAGAAAUGUUAAAAGAACUGAAUGUUUUGCGAGGUAUUUUAGAAAAGAAGUUUCCUAACACCCGAAAUGGUCUACUGAGAUUGGAUGUAGACAAAGCAGUUGCUAAUUUCAUCAAAGGAAUUGAAUAUGAGUUGAAACGAAGUGUGAUUGAGCCUGAUUUUGGAUGGGUGGAUGUAUGCUUUGGACAACUGAAUAUGCCUAUUGAGAAGUUGGAGGAAAACUUGAAAUUUGCUUUAAGCACUGUUGAGAAACAUAAGCCCAUGGGAACUGAACAUAUUCUUUUUAUCAUUCGAACAUUAUUAUGGUGUGAAAAGUCAAAAGAGAAGUUCAAAAUACCCCACUGGGAAUAUUUGCCGAAUUAUCCAGUAAAUGGUAUUUUAAAAGAUGAUGAAGAAGCUGAAAGUGAAAACAUGCAGUCUGCUUGAAAAUUUUAAAUUCUCAUCUAAAUUUCCUUUUUGUAUAAAUAUUAAACAUGGUUUUGCUUGCAAGUAGAAUUUGUUUAGUUUAAACACACUUCUCAGAUCUUCAGCAAAUAUUUUUGUGGUUAGAUUCGGAACAGUUAAUAUUUUGCCAUUUUUCCUUCUAGAUAAAAAAAAAUUUUAGUCAUCAAAUAAUAUCUUUUGAAUAAUAAAGUGUGUUUAGGUUA